AUGACCUAUUUGAUAACCUUGAGAAAUUCUUGUUUUGGAAAAAGGUGUGGAAAAAGUCUUGAAUUUUGUAUCCAAAAUCUGUACAAACCCUGUAAACACCCAGCAAGUUUUGACACUUUCUUUCCAGUUAGUCUAAUGUGUUUUUCUAUAUUCAAAAACAUUUGUUACUAUCCUUCUCUUAAUAUAAAGAAUAAUAAUUAUAGUGUAGGAUUUUGGUUAGUAUAUUUAGCAGUAAAAUAUAGGUGAAAAGGAAAUAAAAUGUUUAGGUGUGUAGCAAUAAUUGGUAAGUUUUGCAAUAGUUUUAAAUUAA